CUCGCCCCUUUUCUUUCUGCGUUCUAUGAAUUUUUUUUUGUGCCGCUAGGGUUCAUAUGGCGCAGGGCCGUCGCCGCCGCUGCCUACCUCCCGGCGCCAGCCGCCGCGCUUACUCUGCUCCCUGCCGGAAGAGGUCGCCGGCGGCUAGCUGCGGCGACACACCGGAGAAAGAUCCAGCUGCUGACGAGCCACCUCCGCCGUCCGUCUCCUGCCGCUGGACUGGGCUGGUCUGCAGGUCAGUGUCCCUUCCUCCUAUAUCCACUUCUCUGGUUCUUCUUCUUCUUGGUCAGAGCUUCGUUUUCGCCGGCGUCAAUGCCUCACAGACCUGCGGCGCGUUCCUCUAUCUUCUGCCGCUGGUUAUGGGCCAGGGGCGCCUCUGCACGUCCGCUGCAGGUGGCGCGCAGGAAGGUGGUGGGCGGUGGGUGGUGUGCGCUGGCCUCUCUAUCCUGUCCCGGAGUCCCGGGCCAAACCCUACCCAUCCUAGCUCACCUCCCUCCCUCGACCACCCCACGCUCCGAGCACCUCCGGCUGGGUCGCCGCCCGGCCUGGGCCCUCCAGCCGUGGCAGCAGCCUCGCCGUUGUGCCUGAGAUGUGUCGCCGCUGCAUCUCCUCCAGAUUGCCGCACAUGUAGAGUCGACGGUACAGGGAAAGACGCUGCUGGCCAAGUAUAACAUCCUGCUCGGCGACUCGAAGAAGCACAAGGUAGUGUAGGAGGUGAGGCGUGCACGGAUCAUGAUUAAUUAGCUCUCCUGGUUCCACUAUAAAUUUCAUGAUCCUCUUUGCUUUCUGGGCUGGUGGUCAGUUGGGACCCUGAGCUCACCAACUUGGUGGAGGUAUGCCCAGUUGUCCAGUUAUUGAUUUGGAUUCAAUCCUGAGCUAUUUUUCAGCUAUGCAAAUUUUUUUCUAGGCAGAGAAUUUAUUAGUCUGGCGUAGGGUCAUGUCUUGGCCUGGGUAUCAACGUAAGCAACUAAGGAUGCUCCUUUUGCCUGCAGUUUGGCAUGCUUUCUUGAGCUGUUCAAUGAGAUUGUAUGCGAGGAAUAAUUGAUUUUUUCAGUGUCGAAUAUUUUUUGUUUCAGAGUACAUCUGUCUAAAAGAAUGGUGUUUAAAAACUGAUUUUUCCAUGGUUCCUAAAGGUCUUACUGCAAAAAAUAUUUACUAGGUAUCGUGCUGCAUUGUUGCUGUCAUUUUAACCACAAUGUUUGAUCCUCCUUUUCUUUGUUUCUUAUCACAAGUUCACAACAACCCGUGGUAAAGUUGCAGUGAUGUAGAGUUACGUAUUAAUAUAUAAAUGGCUUGCGAGGUAAAGAGUGUUGGAAUGAUAGAUACUGAUAGCUAAGUCUUGCUGCAUGGUCACAUUAAUCAAAGGCGUAAGCGUGUUUAAAUGUGAGCCAUUUCAGGCCCACAUUUAAUUUUUUUAUCUAAAAAUGUGGAGCUCGAGUUCAAUACUGAACUUUGGAUGCCAUGUGUUUACGCCAAGUAACAUCAAAAGUGCGGGUUUCCAAAGAUGGAAUGUCUAAUGUUUUUUCACCUGGGGAAUUAAUCGGACUAUUGCGAGCGGAACGAGCAGGGCGAGCUUUGGAUGAAUCGAUCUAUUAUCGGGCAAUUUUAUUGGGAAUAACAAGGGCUUCCCUGAAUACCCAAAGUUUCAUAUCUGAAGCAAGUUUUCAAGAAACUGCUCGAGUUUUAGCAAAAGCUACCCUACGAGGUCGCAUUGAUUGGUUGAAAGGGUUGAAAGAAAACGUAGU